UAGUUAGAAAAUGAGAAAAGGGAGAAAGAAAAUAAAUAGUGAAAGGAUAAAGCGAAAUCGUCAGGUUCUGAGCUAUCUAUGGCUUCAACCAUUCUUCCAUUAACCAACCUUCAAUUCGCUUCCUUUCAUUCUCACCACUCUCUUCCAUCCAUCGCCACGUGGGGAUGGAGAAGAGGGCAAGAUGCUGGCAUGGCUUCACAUAGAACUCAAAGUCAAGCAUUUCGAGUCCUUGCUAAUCCCAAUGUAUCUUCAGGAAAGGAUGGUUCAAAAAAGGAUGUGAUCAUGGUUGAUCCCGUGGAAGCCAAGCGAUUGGCGGCCAAACAAAUGGAAAGAAUUAAAGCAAAAGAAAAACUCAAGAAAAGACGCCAAAUUGAGGCGAUUAAUGGAGCUUGGGCAAUGAUUGGUCUAACGGUAGGCCUAGUUAUUGAAGGUCAAACUGGAAAAAGUAUUACAACUCAGCUGCAAGACUACUUUGGAGCAAUUAUUCACCUUUUUGUGAAGUAGACAAUCCAAAAGAUGCAUGGAUACACACUAAGAAAUGCAGAUUCUUUCUCACAUUCUUUGUGAAUAUAUCUGUUAAAGGUUUACCGAUAAGGUUUUUUCUUAACACACCAAACCAUACAAUUUUCACUACUCAUUUUUCCUUAUUACCCGUUAAUGCUACAUAUGUAACAUGAUUGAUUUUACAAAAUAAUUGUGCUGUUAGCCAAUUAUUGUUGCUCGAUAUGGAUGUUUACUCGCUCAUUGCUCUUUCC